CAAUAACAAAUCCAACUCUCACACAGUUUCCAUGUAGCUUGUGUGUUUCAGUUUUAUCCACAAACUUAGGAACUGUUAUUUUAUUUUACUUUAUUUUUUAUUUAUCAUCAUACAAAAUCAAUGUCAGCCAAUCAAGAAAGAAAAUACUUUCUAUCAUCAUCUUUGGCACAAAACUUCUUCCAAAAACUAAAUUAUCAGUUUCACAAUUAUAGCUCAUUAUUAUUCUUAUGGUAGCUUUCUGGAACUGUUCAUAUUACUCACACUCAAAUGUUGGGUGGUGCACUUUCAACUCCAACAACUCAAUGCCUCAAAACAAGAACAACAAUAGUUACGAUGCUUUAUCCAUCUCAUAGAUUAUUGUCCACACAUUUUUGUCUCUUUAAGAAUCUUAUAGCAGGUAAUAGAAGAUUUUCAUCAAAUGAGAGUUGUUUUCUCAGAGGUCAUCAAAUUAAUAUUAAGCAAGUUUUCGGGCUUAUCUCUCGUCGAGCUCCAAGAAACAAAGCAGGAUUUGUUGUUUCUCCAAGAUGUGUCUUGCCACUGACAGAAGAGAAUGUAGAAAAAGUUUUGGAUGAAGUAAGGCCUGGUUUGAUGGCUGAUGGAGGGAAUGUGGCAUUGCAUGAGAUAGAUGGUCUCGUUGUUAUCCUCAAACUACAAGGAGCGUGUGGAUCAUGUCCUAGCUCAACCAUGACAUUAAAGAUGGGGAUUGAAACUCGCCUUCGCGAUAAGAUUCCAGAAAUCUUGGAGGUUGAACAGAUACUAGAUACUGAGACUGGUCUUGAGCUAACCGAAGAUAAUGUUGAAAGUGUUCUUUCAGAAAUUAGACCAUAUCUUAUUGGAACUGGGGGGAACAUUAGAACUUGUUGAGAUUAAUGAUUACAUCGUUAAAGUUCGGCUAAGUGGACCGGCAGCAGGAGUUAUGACAGUUCGUGUUGCGUUAACGCAGAAGCUGAGAGACAAGAUACCUUCUAUUGCUGCUGUGCAGCUAAUAGAAUGAUGUAACAUAU